AUGGAGCGGCUACGUGCAGACGGGCUGCACCUCCCUGAAGCUGAUCCUGCAGCGGUUUCUGCCUCUGAUCACCGACAUCCUCGCAGCGCCCCCUUCCGUGGGGGUGGACAUCACCCGGGAGGAGAGACUCCACAAGUGCAGGCUGUGCUACAAGCAGCUGAAGACCAUCAGCCACCUGAUCAAGAACAAGGCCGGCCUGAGCGGCCGCCACGGCAGUGCCUUCCGGGAGCUGCACCUGCUCAUGGCCCCCUUGGACUGAGUGACCACCACCACCCCGUGCACGCACAGCCUCUGCCCCGGCCCCGCCGGCCUGUGCCAGGACCUGUGCGCGGGGUGUCGAGGCAGAGGAAUCUCCCGGCCCCCCCUCCUCCCCCGCCUCCCACACCAGCCCCCCAGCCUGCUGGUGCCGCCUCCCGCGGCUCCCGGGCUGCAGCACGGCCAUCCCGCGGGGCUCUCGCCCACUUCCCAGCCUCUUCAUCCUCCCCGUCCCGGACCAGCAUUGGGGCCCAGCCCUGGGCCUGGGGCAGGCGGGACCCGUGUGGCCUUUGUGCCCAGACACUUGGCCCUCUGCCCCGGCGUCCCUGCCGGUGGUGCGGGCGAGCACACGGUGCCCACCCGGGGUCUCGGCUCUGCCGCAUCUCCCGGUGAGGGAGGACGUGCGGGGGCCGCCUCGGAGAGGGGCUCUGCCGGGCCCGCAGAUGGCAUCUUCUCCAAUAAAGAGCUAAGUAACUCG